AUGUCUUCUCUAUCCCGCCGUGCGUGCUAUAAAUGUGGCAAUGUUGGCCACUACGCCGAGGUGUGCUCCUCUGCUGAGCGCCUUUGCUACAACUGCAAGCAACCUGGCCACGAGUCCAACGGAUGCCCUCUUCCUCGCACUACCGAGGCGAAGCAGUGCUAUCACUGCCAGGGCCUUGGCCAUGUGCAGGCUGACUGCCCGACUCUCCGAUUGAGCGGUGCCGGUACCAGCGGUCGUUGCUACAACUGCGGACAACCCGGGCAUCUAGCCCGCGCUUGCCCCAACCCGCCUACCGUUGGUCUGGGCCGUGGUGGACCAGUUGGUCGUGGUGGAUAUGGCGGAUAUGGACGGGGUGGAUUUACAGGUGGCCCUCGCCCGGCUACUUGCUACAAGUGCGGUGGCCCGAACCACUUCGCUCGUGAUUGCCAGGCGCAGGCGAUGAAGUGCUAUGCAUGCGGCAAGCUUGGUCACAUUUCUCGAGACUGUACCGCUCCCAACGGCGGCCCGCUCAACACUGCCGGCAAGACUUGCUACCAGUGCGGCGAAGCGGGCCACAUCUCUCGUGACUGCCCUCAGAAGAACACCAACGGCGAGGUCAGCCAGGAGGUCGGCAUCAACCCAGGUGAAAUUCCUGCACCGGCGGUUGCUCCUAUCGCUCCAGUCGCUUGA